CAUAGGAAAAAAACCAGCAAUCAAUCAUUUCUCGUUCUCUUGUAAAUCGACAUUGCUAUCUUGUUCCUGUGUGCAGGUAGCCAUGGGCUUGGCACUUUCUAGGCUUGUCAAGAUGAUGUUUGCAAGGAGGGAGAUGCGUAUUCUGAUGGUGGGUCUCGAUGCGGCCGGCAAGACAACUAUCCUCUAUAAGCUCAAGCUUGGAGAGGUUAUCACCACCAUCCCAACCAUAGGUUUUAAUGUGGAGACUGUGGAUUACAAGAAUGUUAGCUUCACGGUGUGGGAUGUAGGGGGUCAAGAUAAGAUUCGACCUUUGUGGAGACAUUACUUUCAGAAUACCCAAGGACUUAUAUUUGUUGUUGACAGCAAUGAUAAAGAAAGAAUUUUGGAAGCUAGAGAUGAGCUGCAUCGAAUGCUGAGUGAGGAUGAAUUACAUGGCGCAACUCUACUAGUAUUUGCCAACAAACAAGACCUUCCAAAUGCAAUGAGUAUUUCUGAAAUUACUGAUAAGCUAGGGUUACAUGCCCUUCGACAACGCCGCUGGUAUAUCCAAAGCGCUUGUGCUACCACUGGGGAAGGCCUAUAUGAAGGCCUUGAUUGGCUUUCAAACAACAUAUCCAGCAAGGCAAAAUAACUUACUGUGACCCGUUUACAUGCUUUAUUAGGUGAAUCAGGCAAAUCUACUUACUUACACUAAACAAGGCUUGAUUCUUCUUUAUGUUAUACAUUUGCAGACCUUACUGUUAUAAAAUUGUUAUGAAAGUGGCAGACCCUGCCAUGUUUCCCCUUAA